AUCGUGAGAGACGUCGGAGCCCCACGGACGCAAUAUUUUCUUUCCCUUUGAUACCGCUGGGGUUUUUUACGUGAUUUUUUUCUACCUUUGUUUAUUUAGGGUUUGUUUUCGCUGACGUUUUAUAGUUAAGGGCUUUUUUUCCCUUGCAAGAAGCAGCAGCAGAGAGAAGAGCAUCUCCUUAUUUCGAGGCUUCGGGAGAAAAAACUCGCUUUCAAGCUCUUGCGCAGAAGGCGCGGCGAGUCCCGCCGGCAAGGACAAAAGAGCGGCCCCGCCAGCAUGAGCAGCGCCGAGAUGGGCAAGUUCAACAUCUCCCCCGACGAGGACAGCUCCAGCUACAGCUCCAACAGCAACGACUUCAGCUACCCGUACCCCACCAAGCCGGCCGCCAUGAAGAGCCACUAUGCAGAUAUUGAUCCAGAAAAUCAAAAUUUCUUGCUCGACUCCAAUCUUGGAAAGAAGAAAUAUGAAACUCAGUAUCAUCCGGGUACUACUUCCUUUGGAAUGUCAGUAUUUAAUCUGAGCAAUGCUAUUGUGGGUAGUGGCAUCCUUGGUCUUUCUUUUGCCAUGGCUAACACCGGAAUUGCUCUUUUUGUGAUACUCCUGCUGUUUGUCUCAAUAUUUUCUUUGUAUUCAGUGCAUCUUCUUUUGAAGACUGCCAAUGAAGGAGGAUCUUUGUUGUAUGAACAGUUGGGAAUGAAGGCUUUUGGUAUGGCUGGAAAACUUGCUGCUUCUGGAUCAAUUACGAUGCAGAACAUUGGAGCUAUGUCAAGCUACCUCUUCAUAGUGAAAUAUGAGUUACCAUUGGUCAUCAAGACAUUUAUGAACAUCGAAGAGACUACAGGAGAAUGGUAUCUCAAUGGUGACUAUUUAGUGCUGCUGGUGUCUGUCAUCCUCAUUCUUCCCCUGUCCUUACUGAAAAAUUUAGGGUAUUUGGGCUAUACCAGCGGCUUUUCCUUACUUUGCAUGGUCUUCUUUCUGAUUGUUGUAAUUUGGAAGAUGUUUCAGAUUCCUUGUCCUAUGGACAGUGACAUUAUGAAUGCGACAUUAUUAAAUGGAACACUAGCACCUUUGGUAAAUGAAAACAUAACAAAUGAUAUGUGCAAGCCAAAAUAUUUCAUCUUCAAUUCACAGACUGUCUAUGCUGUCCCAAUCCUAACAUUUUCUUUUGUCUGCCAUCCUGCAAUUCUUCCUAUUUAUGAAGAACUGAAAAGCCGAAGCCGUAAAAGAAUGAUGAAUGUAUCCUAUGUAUCUUUUUUUGCCAUGUUCCUCAUGUAUUUAUUGGCUGCUCUCUUUGGAUACCUGACAUUUUAUGGAAAAGUCGAACCAGAACUGCUUCAUACCUACUCUGCUUAUCUGGGUGCUGAUGUUCUCCUUCUUAUUGUGCGUCUCGCUGUUCUUAUGGCUGUAACCCUCACUGUACCUGUAGUUAUUUUCCCGAUCCGCAGUUCCAUUACGCAGCUGCUGUGGGCAGGGAAGGAGUUCAAAUGGUGGCGUCAUUGUUCCAUUACAAUUGCUCUUCUGGCAUUUACCAAUGUGCUUGUUAUCUUUGUCCCUACUAUUCGAGACAUCUUUGGAUUCAUUGGUGCUUCUGCAGCUGCCAUGCUGAUCUUUAUACUUCCUUCUGCCUUCUAUAUCAAAUUAGUGAAGAAGGAACCAAUGAAAUCAGUGCAAAAGAUUGGGGCUUCAUUCUUCUUUCUAAGCGGAAUAAUUGUGAUGACUGGGUGUAUGACACUGAUUGUUCUAGACUGGACCCAGAAUGUUACAUCUGAUGGCCAUUAACUGCCCUGGUUUAAUCUCUAGCACUCCACUUCAGAUGCCAGUGUUCACUCAGAUACCUCCUGAGAAUGAAAAUGAGCUACUCAGCUUCCUUUGAAAGGCAGAUUCUUUGUUGAUGGUUCUUCUGACUGUAGAGUAUCUGAACUCUGUCUUUAAGAAACUAUUCUGCAUGAUGGAAGUGGAUAUUAACAUCAAACUUUGUGAGUGUCUGGCUGACAGAAGUGACAACUUUAUUCCAUUCCAGAGAAUGGACAGAACUCUCUGUAGACUUUUAUCAAGCCAUGUUUGGCUUUCGUCAUUGUUACUUGGAUAUUUUGUUAUUUUACUUGAAUGUGCCUAAUGGAACCAUUUGAUGUGAGAAAGAACUCUUUAAUUUAAAGCAAAGUGUUCAAAUAACCAAUAAGAGAGAGAGAGAGAGAGAGAGAGAGAAACACUUAUUUUUUGUACCAAAAAUUCUUAUGGACCUCAAAAGCACUAUUUUGACUGUAAGAAACACUUUUCUAAAAAGAAGGAAAGAAUAACAUAGAAAAGCUCAUUAAGAAUAUUUAAUCAGUGUCCUAAAUUAAAUUAUUAAAUAUA